CUCGGCCCCCGCCCGGCCCAACUUCCCGCCGGGACGGGACGGGACUGGACGGGACUGGACGGGAACGGCGGCGCCCCGCUGGGCUCCUCCUGAGGCGCUGUGCGGGCGAUGCCUCUCGCCGCCGGGCUCCUGGCUCCCGGGGCGCGGCGGCUCUCGGCGGCAGCCCCUGCCCCCGCUGCCCGCUCGGGCGCCCCGAGAGCAGGUUUGACUGUAGGUACCAAAGCGGGGAUCCACGGCGCAUAAAGAUGCUGAAGGGUGUUUGGUUGCUCAGUUUGUUAACAGUGGCUGGGAUCUCGCGGACAGAGAGUCGCAAACCUGCCAAAGACAUUUGCAGCAAGAGCCGCUGCCCUUGUGAGGAGAAGGAGAACGUGCUGAACAUUAAUUGUGAAAACAAAGGAUUUACAACCGUCAGCCUCCUCCUACCGCCACCGUCCAAGAUCUACCAGCUGUUUCUCAAUGGGAACGCACUGACCCGCCUGUUCCCCAAUGAGUUUGUCAACUAUUCCAAUGCCGUGACCCUCCACUUGGGCAACAACGACAUGCAGGAGAUCCGCACAGGGGCCUUCAGCGGCCUUCGCACCCUCAAGAGGCUGCACCUCAAUAACAACAAGCUGGAAGUGCUGAAGGAAGACACGUUCCUGGGCUUGGAGAGCCUGGAGUACCUGCAGGCUGAUUACAAUUACAUCAGUGCCAUUGAAGCGGGGGCAUUCAGCAAGCUAAACAAACUCAAGGUGCUGAUUCUAAAUGACAACCUCCUGCUGUCCCUGCCCAGCAAUGUCUUCCGCUUUGUGCUCCUCACUCACCUGGACCUGCGGGGGAACCGGCUGAAGAUGAUGCCUUUCGCUGGUGUGCUGGAGCACAUUGGAGGCAUCAUGGAAAUCCAGCUCGAGGAGAAUCCUUGGAACUGCACCUGUGACUUGCUCCCACUCAAGGCCUGGCUGGACACCAUCACCGUGUUUGUGGGCGAGAUAGUCUGCGAAACCCCCUUCAGGCUUCAUGGAAAAGAUGUGACCCAGCUCACCAGGCAAGAUCUCUGCCCUAGGAAAAGCUCCAGCGAUUCGAACCAGAGGGAAAAACAUCCUGUCCUCUCAGACCCGCACAUCUCCAGGCUAUCACCCACAGCCAACUCUGCCAUGAAUCCCACCAGAGCCCCAAAAGCCAGUCGGCCACCCAAAACCAGGAACCGCCCCACCCCCCGUGUCUCUGUGUCAAAAGACAGACAAAUAUUCGGACCUAUCAUGGUUUACCAGACAAAGUCUCCAGUGCCCAUCACCUGCCCAGCUGGCUGCAUCUGUACAUCACAGAGCUCAGACAAUGGCUUAAAUGUUAACUGCCAAGAGAAAAAGAUAAGUAACAUCUCCGAUCUCCACCCCAGGCCAACCAGUCCAAAGAAACUUUACCUUACCAGUAACUAUCUGCAAGUCAUUUAUAGAACCGAUCUCACAGAGUACAGCUCUCUGGAUUUGCUACAUCUAGGAAAUAACAGAAUUGCAGUGAUACAAGAAGGUGCCUUUACAAACCUCACAAGUUUACGUAGACUUUAUCUUAAUGGCAACUACCUUGAGAUCCUGUACCGGUCCAUGUUCGAAGGGCUGCACAGCCUGCAAUAUCUCUACCUAGAGUACAAUGUCAUUAAGGAGAUCCUACCACGCACAUUUGAUGCUCUGAGUAAUCUUCAUCUGUUGUUUCUCAACAACAACCUGCUCAGAUCCUUGCCUGACAAUGUCUUUGGCGGCACUUCCCUCACCAGACUCAACCUUAGAAACAAUCAUUUCUCACACCUGCCUGUGAGAGGAGUCUUGGACCAGCUCUCAGCUCUAAUUCAGAUAGACCUCCAGGAGAACCCUUGGGACUGCACGUGUGACAUCCUGGGGCUGAGGAACUGGAUAGAGAAAGUCACUGACCAGAACAACCAGCAGUCAAAUCCCCCCGUAGUUAUCAAUGAAGUCAUAUGUGAGUCUCCCACCAAGCACUCUGGAGAGCAUCUGAAAUUCCUGAGCAAAGAAGCCAUCUGCCCAGAGAACCCCAACCUGUCAGAUUCUUCUCUCCUCUCCAUGAACCAGAACACAGAUACACCCCAUCUCCUCGGUGUCUCACCCAGCUCCUACCCAGAAUUGCACACUGAAGUUCCACUCUCUGUCUUAAUUUUAGGAUUGCUGGUUGUGUUUAUUUUGUCAGUUUGUUUUGGGGCAGGCCUGUUUGUCUUCGUCCUUAAGCGCCGGAAGGGGGUGCAAAGCAUGCCCAGCAGCGCCAACAACGUAGAUAUAAGUUCCUUUCAGCUCCAGUAUGGGUCUUACAACACUGAGAGCCACGAUAAAACUGAAGGACACGUUUAUAACUACAUUCCCCCUCCCGUUGGACAGAUGUGCCAAAACCCAAUUUACAUGCAAAAGGAAGGGGAUCCAGUUGCCUAUUACAGGAAUCUCCAUGAGUUUAGCUAUAGCAGUCUUGACCACAAAAAGGAAGACCCCACCAGUCUUGCAUUUACCAUCAGUGCAGCUGAAUUGCUGGAAAAGCAAUCCUCGCCGAGGGAACCAGAGCUUCUGUAUCAAAAUAUUGCAGAAAGGGUCAAGGAACUGCCCACUGGAGGAUUAGUUCAUUAUAACUUUUGUACCUUACCCAAAAGGCAGUUUGCCCCUUCAUAUGAAUCAAGACGCCAAAACCAGGACAGGAUAAAUAAAACUGUUUUAUAUGGAACUCCCAGGAAAUAUUUUGCAGAACAGUCUAAACCCGAGCAUCCUUUACUCCAAGGAAAGCUACAAACAGAACCAGACUACCUCGAAGUUCUGGAAAAACAAACUGCAAUCAGUCAGCUGUGAGGGGGGAGGUGGGAGACAAAGGAAAUUUUUUAAAUGAGCUCAACAUCACAUUUCGUUGAGUCUGAACUCAGUGCUGAUAUCAUCUGUCGCAUUCCCAACAUUUCCACUUUUUUAAAUCAGACAGGGGGAGAGAGAGAGAAAAGGAACCCUUGCAGCAUAGCAGGGAUAUGGUGUUGCUUUUGCAAUGUUCUCUUUAAGUUAUUUCUCUCUCCUUUUGACCCUUCUGUAGGAACUGUCACUGCAAAUAUACCUUUCUGUAAUAGAUCUUGCAUAAUUCUUUUUGAUUUUGAAGGAAAUGAGGAAGGGGGUCUUUGGGUUUUUUGUUGUUUUUCUUUUCAUUUCAAAGUGGAAACUUAAUGUAUUAUGUAGAAGAUCUCCAAAGAUCUUUUUUCCUGGACUAUGACUUUCUUUUGUAAAUAAUAAUAUACGGUACUGCUAUUUCAAUUACCAACUAUAGCCACUGGGCGUCACUUUUUUGUGUUAAAGUGCCUUUGCACUUUAAGUACAUUAUUACUUAAUUGUUGCUCUUAGCUUUGAUAAAUUGAACCUAUUUUAAUGUGUUGUAUUUUUGAAAUUAAAAAAAAAAUUGUAAAAUAGAUCUAUAUGUCAGCUGCAUUAAAUCAGAAGGUUUGGUUUAUAGGAAAGCUGCCCUUCUUUAAAUGACUCUAGUUCUAGGACCUUACAGAAUCAAAUGUAAAUUAUUGGGGUAUUUUUUCCUUCUAGGUUUGUUUAGAGUGAUUCACUGAAACCUGAGAGGAUUUAGCACUGGACUAGAGGUUAUCAAAUGCCUCAGCUGGGAAUAACAGCUCAUUAAUAAAAGAUGUUUAACACAA